UUUCGUUUUUAACUUCUAAGCUUACCACGAGUACGUGAAAAUAUCUCAAAAGCCGAAAAAAUAAUUUCCCUCUGUCUCUCUGAUCAUGUCUGGCUAUGCUCAUCCUCCAGCCAGCUUCCGCUGCCGUGCUCCACCGGCACACCAACCACAAACUUACGCAGCCGAUCCUCCAAACGGUGCGCCGGAACCUUCUCAGCCCUGCGAUGCACCCUGCAGCGCACCACCUCCGUGCGACAAGCCCCCAAAGGACAAACCCAACUCCUAUGCAUCUCCACCCGCACCUGGCUAUUACCCACGGUCAGCUCCAUAUGGAAGCCCGUUCGCCUCACUAGUACCCUCCGCUUUUCCUCCAGGGACGGAUCCCAACGUCGUUGCGGGCUUUCGACUCGCUGAUCAGGACGGCAGUGGGUUUAUUGACGACAAGGAGUUGCAGAGAGUACUCUCUAGUUGUGAUCAGAGCUUCAGUUUGAGGACCGUUCGUCUUCUCAUGUAUCAUUUCACCAACACCAACACCAGGAAGAUCGGGCCGAAGGAAUUCACUUCGGUGUAUUACAGUCUUCAGAACUGGAGGGCCAUGUUUGAGAGAUUUGAUAAGGAUAGGAGUGGAAGGAUUGAUCCUAAUGAGCUGAGGGAGGCUCUAUGCAGUUUAGGAUUUGCUGUCUCACCAGUCGUUUUGGAUUUGCUGGUUUCUAAGUUUGAUAAAAGUGGAGGCAAAGAUAAGGCCAUUGAAUAUGACAAUUUCAUUGAGUGCUGUCUUACUGUCAAGGGCCUGACUGAGAAAUUCAGAGAAAAGGACUGCACAUACUCUGGUUCGGCAACUUUCACUUACGAGGCCUUCAUGUUAACAGUUUUGCCAUUGUUUGUAGUAUGAAAGCUGAUAGCCUUAAAAGGGUUUUGGGUUGUGAAUUUUGAAGUUCUUAUGCGCGACCCCCACCACCCACAACACCUAUCGCUCCUCCCCCGACACCACACCCUCCUCUUCCUCUUUUUUUUGGGCUAGUGCAUGCUCUCUCGAUCUCUGCUUUACGAAUAAAUAAGCCAGCGUUUGGUAACGCUAUGUAAAACCUUUUAACGGUUUAAUGAAUGUUAGUGCAGAUUUAUGUGUCA